AUGCGACGUGUUGUUGAGGAUAGGCUCCUGAGGAUUUUGAAGGAAGUUGGAUAUGAAGUUGUUGAGAGUAAAGCGCUUGAAGUGUAUGUGGAGGCACUGGAGACGUAUAUGCUUGCGUAUUUAAGGACUGUGUGCUCGUUGUCAAGGCAUGGGAUGAAGUCGCACUCAACGCUGAUUGACUUGCUAUGCCUGAUUGAUGGCAAGCGAUUUGACUGUGGAGGUGUUGGAAAAGAAAAAGUUGAGUAUGAACAGGAAGUGGUUGAGAAGGAGCAAGAGUUCAACAGUCCGUUGUCAUCGAGUAUUGAGAAGUAUAUACAUAUAUAUGAUUUUAUGCCUAGUUUCCCUGCAAUUCAUGCAUUUAGGCAGACGAUUACAAAGCCAAACUGCAAGAGUAAUAAGUCGGCGAAUGUGAAGAGCAGGCUGGAGCAGAGCCUGCGAGCGGAGGGUAAUCUACUGAAUCUGAUCAAGGCGUCUGGGUCACUUCCGCCGUUUAUCAAUUUUCUACAUAGAGGGACGAUGAACUGA